UCACCUUGUCAGUACUCAUUUCUCGGCAUGUUGUCGAGUUGUCGUCAUCAUUUGCCACUAUCACGCGGUCGUGACUUGCGGUGCGUUCGUCCGUCCGUUAUUAAGUCGGCUUGGUCCCCUUAGAGAUUGUGCAUACGCUCAGCCGUCGAACGACCAGACUUUAAGGUCCGCUCGCUUGCCUUCGAGUUACCCGUCAUCCCGAUAUACGCCAUGCCGCCCCUGGCCACCGCGAGAACGUUACCCGAAGAAGACGUCAAACUACCCGGCAUUAAUGCAGUUUUGCUCGGGCCACCUGGUUCGGGCAAGGGGACGCAGGCACCAAAACUGUUGCAGAAAUUUUACUCGUGUCACUUGUCCACGGGAGAUAUGUUGCGCUCCGAAGUAGCCUCUGGUUCGGAACUGGGUCAGAGGGUGAAAAAAGUCAUAGAAUCAGGCAAUCUUGUUAGUGAUGAUCUUGUUGUUGAUUUGAUUGAUCAAAAUUUAGAUAGACCAGAGUGUAGACAAGGAUUCUUAUUGGAUGGUUUCCCACGAACAGUACCUCAAGCUGAAAAACUGGAUAAUCUUUUAGAAAAACGGAAAACACAGCUAGACUCUGUGAUCGAGUUUAACAUAAGUGACAGUUUAUUGGUACGCCGUAUAACAGGGCGUUUGAUACACCCUGCUAGUGGCCGAUCUUAUCAUGAAGAAUUCCAUCCUCCAAAAGUUUAUAUGAAAGAUGAUAUAAGUGGUGAGUCAUUGAUUCGCCGUGCUGAUGAUAAUGUGGAUGCUUUAAAAAAGCGUCUUGAAUCAUAUCAUAAACAAACAACCCCAUUAAUAGAUUAUUAUCAGAAAAAAGGAAUUCAUACUAAAGUUGAUGCCUCUAAAAGUUCUGAUGAAGUUUUCAAAAUGGUAGAAAAUAUAUUUUUACGUUGUUCAAGUUCAGCCAAUAAAGACAGAGUAAUAUUUGUUUGAAUCAUUCCAAUUUUGAAAUUUAUUGUUUGAUGUCUUCAAAAUGUUAAACGUACAAAAUCAUAAAGUUUUCCAUUUUCUCAAUAAUUUUAGUUACUAUAAUUCUAAUAAAAUGAUCUGAAAUUGUAACAUUUU